AUGUAUAAGAAUACACCAUUGGGCAAUGGGUUUUACCUGUCACCUGAUUUAAACAUCAGUAUACCGCACAGUCAUGGUGGAUUUGGUUGGGGUGCAAGUACUAUUGGUGGCCAUUUAUCAUGUAUAGCCAUGUGCGAGGUUAUUGAUACACCUGAUGGAAUCAAUUAUAACAAACCUAUCACGGAUGAAGGUGACGGCGUAAACAAUGAUGACGGUAACCUUUCUUCGGAAAAUACUUUCGACACUAAAGCGACCCACUAUUUAGUAACUAAUAGUGACUUCCUCAGAGUGCGUUAUUUGUUAGUGUAUGCAAAGCAGCCUACUUCUAUAAGAUUUAGUACAUCAAACGUUAAUAGAAAUGGGUGUAGGAUACCUAUCAUUAAUUUAAAAAAAAAACGCGUGAGACGCAAGUACGAGACGAAUUAUUUUACAAUGAUUUCGUAC